CAAGAUUACGGAAAGAGAGUGGAGAGAAAGACGUGCGCCUGCAUCAGCCUGACGGGCAGUGAUCUAAACCUGUGGAUUUAAGCCUGACAGACUCACUAUUUUAUUUCAUCUCACGGUAUAUAUCUUAAGAAUAUAGCAGAACAUUUUUAAAGAACCAAAAACAUGCACAAAAGGUCGCAAUGGUGAGUUGCAGCUGUUAUAUAUAAGAGUUGGAAAGGUUUGUCAAAUUCAUAAGCUGAUACCAGAAAAUAUUCUUGACCUCCAGUGAUUCACCCUUCAACGGUCAGCUGAAACCAAGAGUGCUGCAACUGGCUUUUGCUUCUGGGUCUUUAUGUUACCAUAUGCUACUAUUCCGAAAAUAGAUUUGCAAGCCAUUUAUUUUCUCUGAAUAAUAUUUCACUUCAGAAUUAUAAAGUAUUGCAUUGGGUUUCGCCUGCUGUUUGUUCACGACGUGUUCACAGAUUUAGUCAACUCAAAAACAACACUACUAAGGUGUGCAAAAACUGCCACUCGAACUGUUUUGCUUGCUUCAUUCUCUUGUGAUGGAUGUGGCAUGAAAGCAUAAUUAUCAAGGAAGUCCCACGUUUUCAAUUUAAAAAGGAAUUGAUGUAUUACUCCUUUCAACUUUUUCAAGCAGUUGCUUUUAAAUACAAAGAGUGCCAACUCUAAAGGACUUUCUAGUGUGCUAAAACUCAGGAAAAUGAAGUAAGAAAUUAUAAUAAUUCUUGGGGGGAAAUAAAGCAAACCGUCACUGCCUGGAUUCAUUUAAAUCAGAAAAGGUGUUUUUAAAAACGUGUUUGCUGUUCCAUCUGAGUUUUGAUUGGGCUUGUUAGUUGGAAGCACACUUUAGUAUCCCACCUGCUAGGUCAUGGCAGAUUCUUGCUCAGACACCGUUGAUGGUGAGAUUAUAGGCAUUUCUGAAGGACAGAAGUUAAAUGCCACCAAAAAUGAGGACUUUGACUCUGCUAGACCACAAGAGAAGGAAAUCAGCCAAAAAGAGGGUGUCACGGAUGUUGUAGGUUCCACUGAGCAAUCAUCUGUUGGGAGUAUUCCACAUGUUAUGAAAGAUAACACCACACCAUGCAAAGAUCCUCCUACAACCACAACUUCUAUUGAAGAUGAUGGUAAAACAGCUCAGUCGCUCUCAGUGACCAGUAGGAGCCAAGACAAAACUGAUGAUUCCGAAAUCAUCAACAGCCAAUCCUACACACCCAGCCAGACACCUACUUUCUCCAUGGCCAGUGUGGAAUUCUCAGAGGAGAGUAAUGGGAUACCUCCUGAUGGACCUUUGAUUUCACCUAAAUCUUCUCAGGAUGACGAUAACCAGUUGUCACCUGAUCAAGUAACCUCUCAGGAGGGGAAUGAUGCUGGGGCCUGUGCUGGUGGGGCUGCUAGGGUUAUGGCAUCAGAGCCAAGCAUGCCAGCGUAUUAUUUUGUCAAGUGGAUUACCUGGAAGGAGAAGAAGACGGCGAUCAUCACACAAAGCGAGAAUGGACCCUGCCCGCUGAUAGCCAUCAUGAACAUUCUGUUGUUGCGGUGGAAGGUCAAAUUGCCUGCUCAGACAGAGGUGAUCACCACAGAAGAGCUGAUGGCUCACCUUGGUGAAUGUGUGCUGUCCAUCAAACCACGAGAGAAAGCAGAGGGCAUGGAGCUCAAUUUUCAGCAGAACAUGAGCGAUGCGAUGGCUGUGCUGCCAAAAUUGUCAACAGGCCUCGACGUUAAUGUGCGCUUUACGGGUGUGUCUGAUUUUGAGUACACUCCUGAAUGCAUCGUCUUUGAUCUGCUCGACAUUUCACUCUACCAUGGUUGGCUGGUAGAUCCACAGAGUCCUGAAAUGGUGUCUGCAGUUGGAAAGCUAAGCUACAACCAACUGGUGGAGAAGAUUAUAGACUUCAAGCACUCGACAGAUAGCAGUCAAGUCAGUGAAGGUUUGAUAGCAGAGCAGUUUUUGGAGUCCACGGCAACCCAGCUGUCAUAUCACGGCCUGUGUGAGCUCAACACAACAGCCAAAGAGGGCGAGCUGUCUGUGUUUUUCAGAAACAACCACUUCAGCACCAUGAUAAAGCACAAGGGUCACCUCUACAUACUGGUCACAGAUCAGGGUUUCCUGCAGGAGGAGAAUGUGGUGUGGGAGAGUCUUCACAAUGUGGAAGGGGAUGGAAACUUCUGUGACUCAGACUUCAGAUUGUGUCACCCAUCCCAGAAACCCUCAGCAGCCAGCCAACCCACUGCUCAGCAACAGCAGCAAAUGCAGAUCGACCAGGACUAUCUGGUGGCGAUGUCCCUGCAGCAGGAGCAGGGUGAAGCUCCUGGACCCUUGAGUGAUCUGGAGCUGGCCAGACAACUGCAGCAGGAGGAAUACCAGCAACCACAGCAACAGCAACAACAACAACAGCAACCCACAGCAGGACAGAUGAGAGGUCAGGCCGCAUCUCAGCCCGGAGGUCAGAGGCGUCGAGAAAAGAAGGAAGACUCUGAUUGUUGCAUUCUUUAAAUCAGAGGCCACUUGCCACCGUAACCAGACUCUCUUAAGCCAGUUCAGCUUCAGUUAACGUCUUUCUUCUGUACUACUGUUGAAACUAGGGACAUUUCUAGCUGACCUGUCAUCCCAGUGCCAAGCCUGCCUUUACAGUACAGUUGUCCCUGUUUUUGCCUUUCCUUUAGCCUCGUGGUCUGAACUGUUGCCAUUAUUGUCUUCUGGACCAAAUAAAGGUAGCAGUUGUUUCUGAACACUAAUGAGCAUUUUUGUGAGUGCUAGUAAGGAACUCCUAACUAUACCAGGUUAAAGUAUUCUAUUGGACAAUGAAGGACUGUAAUGGUAAAUAAUCAGGGAUUGUAAUAAGACUUUAAUAUUAUACUACAAUGCUACUGUUUGAAGUUGAUCUGUACAGUUACUUAUCAGCUUUUCAUCCAAAGUGAUGUUCAGUACAGAAAGUACACAGUAAUUUGUGCUUUGAUUUUCUCAGUAAACUAUGGGGCUCCGGGGUCCUUUUAAGCUGAGCUAAUAAAAACCACUUCUUCUGUCAAUA